UGCCGCCCACGGUGCUCAGGGUCGGCAUCAUACCAGGUGGCAGCACGGACGCCACCUGCCACGGGACCCACGGAACGAGUGACGUCACCACAGCCGCUCUGCACAUCAUUAUGGGCGACAGCCGCAGCGUGGACGUGGCGGCGGUGCACGGCCAGGGGCAGCUGCUGGGCGUGGCCACCACCAUGGUGUCCUACGGGUACUUCGGCGACCUCCUGCAGUCGUCUGAGCGGUGGCGGAAGCUGGGGCCGUCGCGGUACAUCGUGUCUGGCCUCCUGCAGGUCAUCCGCAACAGGUCGUACGAGGGGCAGGUCCGCGUGCGGUACCCGGCCACGCCCCUCGCGCAGCCGGACGACGCCACGCCCUGCAGCCAGCACUGCGGCGUCUGCUCGAAGGCGUCGCGGGCGGCGCCCCUGCCCGGCGAGUGGCACCAGUUCAGCGGCCGUUGGAGCGUCCUGACCUCCGCCGUGGCCUCGUGCUCCUGCCGGCUGACCCCCCACGGCGUGUCCCCGUCGGCGCACCUCGGCGACGGCUGCGCUGACCUCAUCCUCGUCGCCGGGGGGUCAAGGUUCCGCAUCCUUAGCUACUUGUACAGGACGAGCUGCACGGGCAAUUCGGUGAGUGGGGUCACUCUGAUUGCCUACAAUUCCAUGAAAUACCAGUGA